AUGUCAUAUCUGAAUGGUGAUUUUACACGUACAGGUCGGCGUGAUAUAAAAGGUGUUUUUGCCGAUGGAAAAAUUUCAGCAAAUCGCUACUAUCGACGUUUUAAAAAAGAUACUUUACGACAACAAUGUUAUGAUGCUAUGCAAAAACAAAAAUCAACUACAAAUGAUACAAAUAAAGAUGCUAUAGCAACGGCUGCUCUAGAUAUAGAUAAUCCAAUUGAACCAGUAUUAAAUCGUGAAGAAAUAUUAAAACAAAUGAUACUUGAUUGCCGAAAAAUGUUUGUUAGUGAAGAUACAGAAGAUUGCUUUGGUACAUGGUUACUUAUUGAUGACAGUGAAUUAAAUGAAGUAUUAAUUGAACAAACUGAACCGGAUUGUGUUUUUGUUCUUACAUCUACUCGAUAUUUUGUUGUUUGUUAUGAUGAAACAUUUCAAAAAGUUGUUUCUUUUAAAGAAACACCAUUAACAUCUGUAGAUAAAAUUGAAGUUGGACCUAAUCCAUUAGCACCAUCAGGUAGUUCGUGGACACUUCGUAUUCAUUAUUUAAAAGAUGAACAAACCAGUGGUUAUUAUCAUCAAUUUCGUGGAACAAAUGUUCAAGUUUUUAAUACAACAGUUAUGUUUCUUAAAACUAUGGAUCAGAUUAAUGAUUAUGUAAGAUCAAUUGGUCAAAUGAUUGUCUCAAUUCUUAAUUGUUUCGCACAAAAAACACUCGUACUUAAAGAAAAAACUUUGAAUAGAGUGAACAGUUUACCUGAUGAUGUUGAACCAUUUCAAAAACGAAUGAGUUUUUCUGCAACAGAUAUGCCUGCUCUUGCUACAAUAAACAAUGCUACAACAUCGAAUAAUACAGCCACACUUGAUAAAAUCAAAAAUUUUGGUUCACGAUUUUCAUCUAUGGUAACUCGACAAGCUGCACCAACAUUUAAUAAAAUAACGACACAAGCAAAACAAUUGCCAAUCAAUGAAACAGUAUCAUCAUUAUUAAAAGUAAUUGGUGAUAGUUCAUCAAUGAUUCGAGCAAGUGCGAUUAAAACAAUAGGAGAUGAUGAACGUUCAUCAGCAACACAGGAAAAUAGUCGAAAACGAAUAUUACAAGAUAAAUUUGAUGAAAGAAAAAAAGACUUAUCUUCAACACAAUGUCAAACAAAAUGUUUACUGCUACCUUCGACCGAUCUGAGUAUUAUUUACAUUCCUAACAGUGAUCAAAACAAAUAA